GAAGGCCUAGUACAAUAAGUACACUUGAGCAUUCCAUCCAGAAAAUGAGGCGAUACGGAUUAGAGUUCAAUCGCGAUGAACAUAACAAUUAUGAUUACUCUCUGGAUUUAGUGGAAUUGUUCGUUUUUUUUUCCGCCUUUCACCCACUGAUAGUGGCUAUCGGGAAAUAAAACUAACAAAAAAAAAAUUAUUGCCUUAUGGUUCUUUGUCCACCAAAAAAAAUUUGACCCAAUUACAAUGUACAUAUGCACGAGGGGCAUACUAUGUAUUUAGGGAGGGGGCCAAGUCAGGGAGUAUCUGAGAUGCUAUAUAUACUGUAUCUAUUCGACAGAUGUUGCCCUACUCCAUUUUCGUUUGACCAGAUUGCAAGUGCACAUAAACAAAUAAGUUUAGAUAUGAAUAAGUUUAGAAUAUGAAUUUAUGCUGUGAAGUUAUGUACAAAUGCUAAUUUACAAAAAGGAGGUUAUGCAUUACUGAUUACUGAUCGGGAUUAAGUCUUGUUGAAGUUUCUUUUCUAUAUUUUUGAUUAGUUUUUUAGUUCUAACUUUGUCAACGUAAGACACACUUUUUUAGGUUUAAAUGCAGAUCUUUAGAAAAUUACAAAACAAAUUCAACGAGGUCUGACAUGAUAUAUUCUGGCUAUUAUUGGCUUGGCUAUGAGAAAAGUACUCUCACUUUAGAGGAAAAUAAGGAGAAACCAAAUUUCGCAUUUUUGUAAGAAGUACCAUCAUCAAUUUUUGCAAAAAAGGGCAAAAAUUAAUGAAAACAGUUUUAAUGGAUUUUGAAUUACAAACUCAGCAAGAUAUAGCAUUCCAUAUUUGGAGCAAUAAUUCUUUGUUAUGAUAUUAACAAAAUUCGGAUUAUUUUUCGAGAAAAAUGAGAAUCAGAAAUUUUCUCAAUAAUUCGAUUUUUCCUCAUUGUUUUUUCUAGUUCUUUUAACUACAUAAAAAUCAACUACAAUUUACUGAAUAAACUAACUUAAUGAAUACCAUAUUAUACAGAUACCAUUCGAUAACAGAAACCACAUUCAAAUGAGGUCGUUUCGGUGCGGUGGCAGAUUAUCAAGAAAUAAUAUCUAAAUAGCAGAUAUCUGCCAAUGGUUCGUAUUUGUUUGAGGUUGAGUUUUUUGUUUGAACAGCUGCCAAACUCACACAGGAACAAAACCUUUCUCCUUCUAAUUAUGCCUCUCUCUGUUCGUCUUAUUAGGGUUUUUUUUUUGGCAUUUACGAUAAGAGAAAUCAAAAAAUAUGUUGAUAAACGCAUUUGUCGUAGAUUUACAUAUAUAUUUAGUAUCUAAAAAAUAUAUUUUUAUGCAUUUGCAUUAACAUAAAAUAUAUUUUAGGACUAUCCUAUCUUAACUUAAAUUGAAAGCUGUGGGAAUUUUUAAAAUGCUUAACAAACAUAUCAAAUUUUAUGAAAACAAACAAUAAGCGAUAUUUAAAACCAAAUUUUUAUGUUUAGUUUGCAAGUUUGCCUUUCAUAUUUUCUUCACGUGUUUCUAUGGUUUUAUAAGCUCGAAUUUAUUUUCUUAUGAAAACACCUCAGCUUGCCUGGAAAACCCUUAAAUUCUCUGUGAAAAUAUUCUAAAUAAAAAAUAAAUUUAAAGCAUAGUUUACCUGGAAAAGUCCAUCAGCCUUAGAAAGUAGUAUUCCCAAUCCAAACAUGACCGAUGAAAGUUCGCAGAGCGGAAGCGGCAGCGAAAGUGAGUGGGAGGAGAUUGUGGGUGCGGAUGUGGAGCAGGCCAGGAUCAGGGAUCCCGUGGAGGAACUGAGAAGCAGCCUGUGCCUAAGUAUUCUGGGCUUUCCACAUGGCACCGAUGAUCAGUUACUAUGCAUUUUCACACGAUUCUGUCCGAUGGCUUCGCAUCGCAAAAGAGGCAAUGGUCUGGAGUUGCAAUUCUCAUCGGCGGAUAAUCUGGAGCGUGGCAUCCUUAUGGCUAAGCGUCUGGUGGUUGGGAAGAUGCAGAUUCGCUGGCAUGUGGGUCGCCUGGAGGAUGAUCCAACUAUACAGCCACCACCACCAAGGGGACCGAACCAGACCGGCGGCUUUGGCGUUUUCAGCAAACUUCGCAGGGCUUUUGCCAAUUACUUUUCUUAGUUUUUGAUCUGUUUCAAGACGUUUUGAUCUGUUUUUCCUGUUUAAAUUGAUAACUUGUUCCUGUAAUUUCCUGAUUAAAAAAUUUAUCAUAUGAGCAAAGAUAUUAAGUUUAUAUAUUCCCAGAGAGCAAUUCCUUGGGGGUUUUUAGUGACACAUGCAAAGUGUUCCCCUGAUGUGUAAAAGUAAUCCCUUUGGUAUUAUCAUAAAAGAAAACCCUUACAAUUGCCUUUCAAGGCCCUGAUUUCCACCCACAUAAACCAUUUAAUUUAAUUUAAUUGAAUGCCACUAAAAAUCAACAUAACUUAGCCAACAUUCAAUAUGGAAAUUUAAAACCCAGACAACAUGUUGCUGAUCGCAUAAAAGUCUUGCUAACUUAGCAGCCACACCACAUCCUCUUUCAUUUGGUUUCCACCCCCUGGAAAACGCCCACAUGAGGCCAAAAAUUUAAAUGGAAAUUAAAAAAAAAAAAAGAUAACAACAAAAACCAGCCAUAAAUAAUAUGCUCAUAUUGCGGAGUCUUCAAUUAAAACUCAUUAACAUAAUGGCCUAAAACAGCACUCGACUAACUGCUGCUGAAUGUGACAAAAAUAAAGCAAUAACAGUGGCGUCGACUGCCGAUGCCACAAGGGGGUUAGGGGGCGGGGGUUUUGUGUCUGCCUUCAAAGUGAAUUUACUUGUCAGUGUCGACGCGUGUAAUUUAUGCAAAUUUUAUGCGCACACCACCAAAAAGCAAAGCACCAAAAAGAAAAAAAUAAA